AUGCCAGUCUUCCAGUUCUUGACAAUCGCUGCAGGUUUCAUGGUACUUGUCUCGGCAGGACGGAUAGGAAACCGCCAAGGAGCUUCACCUAUAUUCACCUGCGCAAAGACCUCCAACGCCGAAAUCUGCCCAGAAACGUACUGUCUGUGCUCAAGCCUUGCAGUCGUCGGAGUCCUCCAAGGCACCAUCCAAAUCUUAGAAGAUGUCUACGAGACAGCCACCUACGCAACAACAGAGGCAGGAGAUUGUCCUUCCACAGAUGCUGGAUCGCCCGUUACGACGUCCUCGAAGACGAGAUCUGAUUGUGUUCCUACCCCAACUAUACUACCGUCCUCAACGACGAAUCGACCUUCGUCGACGCAGCCGGUGGAUUGGAUGAUUACGGGCACAAGCAGCUGCUUCAGCAACGGCCAGUUAUAUACUACCCUGAGUCCAUUACAGACCUGUGGACCAUCUCUGACCGCAAGCAAUUGCGUUUUCUCCGUUUCCAUCAACGGCUUCGAAAACGACGAGGGCACCUUCAACGGCUGCAACUGCCUCACUACCUGGGGCCCUGUCCCCACUUCUUCACUCUGGAUCUCGCAAAGCGAUUUCGGUGGACCUGGAUACUGUGGUGGUCCCAUCUGCGAAGUUUCUCCUUCCACCAUUCGUGUUGGUCAAAGUACGAGUACUGCGAAGUACUGUAGCUGCGAUGCUUUCGCAAGCCUCUACUCUUCAAGCACGUAUUUCCAGAAUCCCUGUCUGGGAUAUGCGUAUACGGCUCCUGUCACGGGGACGUGUGCUUCGUCGACUUCGUGGGGGCCUGGGUAUGGCGGUGGUCCAAUUCCAUAUACUGUCUGUGACUGCACGGAAACUGGGACUAGCCUUCCUUGGACUUAUUCAACAAGCUUGAUUGGGGCUUGUUCGAGCACUGUAUCUUGGGUGGUUACCAAGCAUCUUGGAGAUUCCCACUGA